AUGUCCGACAUGUCUGAGGAGGAAUAUUUUUCAGAGGAGGAGUACGUCGAUGACGAGGACGACGACGCUGAGGACGUGGAUGAGGAUGAUCUGGGGGCGGUAGACGACCAAGCGCUGCAGGAGACACUCACCAAGCAGCGCUCGUUCGAAGUCAUCUCAGAAGACGACAUGUUGAAGGAGUCGCGCCUGCUGAUCGAUGGCGUGAUGGAGUUCCUGGGCAUCCCCAAUAGGGCCAUCGCCGCUUGCCUGCUGCGAAGCUACGACUGGAAUCGAGAGCGCCUCAUAGAAGCCUACACCGAGGACCCCGAGCGGGUGUGCAAGAAGGCCGGCGUGCCCUCGCUCAACCUCGAGAAGCCUAUCGAGAGCCCCAACGCUAUUAGCGAGUGCCUGGUGUGCAUGGACGACUACAAGAACUCGGACUCGUUCGCGCUGCCGUGCGGACAUCGGUACUGCAGCACGUGCUGGAAGAACUACCUGGAGGUCAAGAUCGCGGACGGGCCGGAGUGCAUCACUACCAAGUGUAUGGCGCCCAAGUGCGGCAGUGUGGUGCACGAGGAGGCCGUGAAGAAGAUCGUCGACGCCAAGGAGUUCGCCCUCUACUCCAAGUACCUGCUGCGCUCGUUCGUGGACGACAACCCCAAGGUCAAGUGGUGCCCGGCCCCGCACUGCUCCAACUGCGUGCGGUGCGAGCGGCAAAACCGGCAGGAGGCCGUGGCCUGCGGCUGCGGCUUCCGGUUCUGCUUCAAGUGCUGCGACUUUGAGAUCGGGGAUCACAUGCCGGCCGACUGCGAGACCGUCGACCUCUGGCAGCAGAAGGCCGCCGACGAGUCGGAGAACGUGACGUGGAUGAUCGCCAACACCAAGAAGUGCCCCCAGUGCCGCUCGCCCAUCGAGAAGAACGGCGGGUGCAUGCACAUGACGUGCCGCAAGAACGCGGGUGGGUGCGGGUUCGAGUUCUGCUGGCUGUGCCGAGGGCCGUGGAGCGACCACGGCUCGCAUACGGGCGGGUACUACAACUGCAACAAGUACGACAAGUCCAACGCCAAGGACGAGGACUCGCGAGCCGAGAACGUCAAGACCGAGCUGGAGCACUACAUGUUCUACUUCCAUCGCUACGAGUCCCACAAGAACGCGAUGAAGAUCGCCGACGAGCAGCGCAAGGGCGCCGACAAGAAGGGCACUGCCCUCAUGGAGAAGUUCGACGUGCGCGCCGCCGACACCAAGUUCCUCCUUGAGGCCACCGAGCAGCUCAUCAACAACCGACGGGUGCUCCAGUGGUCCUACGUGUACGGCUACUACCUCGACCAGGACAAGUCGCGCGUCAGCGAGAAGAACCUCUACGUCUACCUCCAGGAGGACCUCGAGAAGCACACCAACUACCUCUCCGAGCUCUACGAGCGCCCCACCGAGAAGAUCGCCGACUACCAGGCCUUCGUCAAGUGGAAGGAGGAGGUCACCAACUACACCCGCGUCUGCCAGAGGUUCCUCCAGAACUUUGUCGAGGGCGUCAUGGGCGGCCUCACCGUCCAGGAGAAGUACUGA